CGGGCCCUGGCCGUCCGGCCUACAAGUAGCAUCCCGCCGCAGCCCUUCCUUGCUUCCUCACCACCACCUCUUCAAGCUUAACCCUCCCUCAUCUACGCAUCAUGGCCAGCAUCGUCCAGGGCAUUACCCACCUGAUCCAGGGCAUCUUCGAGGCUGCCUUCGGCCUCGUCCGCGGCGUGUUCAACGCAGCGCUCGCCGUCGUGAACGCAUGCUUCUCGACAAUCUUCGGCCUCCUGCACGGCGUCUACGACCUCUUCGCCGGCCUGAUCGGCACGGCGACCAACGUCACAGGAGACCUGCUGAGGAUCGUGACCGCCAACCUGGCCGUCUUCUCCAUCCUCGUCGUCGGUCUCGCGGCGCUCAUCGUGUUCUCGCAGCAGAACGGCGGUGCUGCGGCCGCCAAGAAGCGUUCUUGAGCGUGUGCCCGGCCCGUGACUCUCUGUGUCUCCCGUAAUACCAGCGCGCAACGCAUGCACCUGUCCUUCU